GUGCCAGUCAAGUAAGUUGGAGAACAUAGAUGAAGAUGGGCCAGCAAGUUGGCUUCCAGUCAUAUGUUGUGUCCCUCCUGAAACUCCUACGGAGCCCAUGGAGUUUCUUUCCAGGUCAUGGAGUCUCUCUGCUAUGGAACUCUCUAAAGCACUUGCAAACACACCUCUUCAAUCUUAUGUGAUGGGUGCUGCGGCUCCUUUGCCUUCCCUUCAUGCAGUGGUCAUUGAACAACCAGUUCCUCAGCCGUCUGAGGUUAGCCCGCCAGUUUCUCCAAGAGAAAGUGAUGAUGCAAAGGAACUGUUUCUACUUCAUCAAUCACUCGAUUCAGAUUUACUAUCCAAUCAACAAUUGCACAAAAAUGGGCUCUGUAAGAACACGGUGAGAGGGAAGACGAUGGGGAGGUGGUUGAAAGAUCAGAAAGAGAAGAAGAAGCAGGAGCUGCGAAGCCACAAUGCCCAGCUCCAUGCAGCCGUGUCGGUGGCCGGGGUCGCCGCUGCUAUUGCCGCCCUCAUAGCCUCCCAAGCGAUGUCACCAUCGGACACCACAGCCUUUCCUAAUUUACAGAGCUCAUCUUCCAAGACAUCUACUGCCAUGGCAUCAGCAGCAGCAUUGGUGGCUUCUCACUGCGUUGAGAUUGCUGAGGAAAUGGGAGCUGAUCGUGAUCAGAUACUAGAAGUUAUUGACUCGGCCGUUAAUGUCAGGACCGCCGGUGAUAUCAUGACUUUAACAGCUGGAGCAGCAACUGCCUUACGAGGAGCUGCUACUCUCCGUGCAAGACAGCAUAAAGAGCUGUGGGCGUCACCCUUUGCCCUUGCGGACGAGCAAAUAGUUGAAGGCAAAGAAACAGAUGUCUCGCCAGCGCUGCGCUUUGUUUCAGAAGGCGGAGAGCUUCUCAAGCGUACUCGGAAAGGAGCUCUUCACUGGAAGCAAGUCUCUUUCUAUGUGAACUCAAGCUGGCAGGUGGUAGCCAAAAUGAAAAGCAAACAUAUAGCUGGUGCAUUCACAAAAAAGAAAAAGUGUGUGGUUUUUGAUGUAUACUGCGAUACCCCGGCAUGGCCCCAGAGAGAAGGGGAGGAUUGUAGCGGGCAAAAGGCUUACUUUGGGAUCCAAACGGAUGACAGGGUAAUAGAGUUUGAGUGCAGAAGCAAAGGCGAUAAAAAGAUGUGGACAGAUGGAAUCCGUCAAAUGCUGCAUUGCCGCACCAACAUGACAUGAUAUAGCAGAAGUCAUAAGGGGAUGGAAGACUAAAUUUUCUAUUGCACAAACAAAUUAAAACGUACAUAUCUCAAACUUCCUAAACUGCUGUAGGUCAAUUGCUUGGGAGGUGCUUAUUACAACUGUUUGUACAAUAGGCAAAUGAUUUUUUAUCUACAAAAUGGCAGUGGUGCAUUCUCAUGUGGUGAACUGGGAUGAAACUAUCAAGCACAAUGAAGAUUUAAAUCGAUCCAGUUGAAAAUAGCUACGUCAUUCAUCACAAUGUUUCCAAGGUCAUUCCAAUUCCUUGAGAAAAUCAAUAUUGUCAACAAAAACCUGCCACAGAAAGAA